AUGUGGUGGUUCUUCAGCGUCAUUCUGGGCACCGCCUUUCUCUUCAGCAUCGUCUUAUCGAUACCAGUGGCUUUUGAUGUGGGCGGACGUGACAGCGGCUUGGCGUACAGCCUGUCGCUGUUUCUAUACUACCUUUUCUACUCGAUAGUCAAGUUCCUGACUCCCGAAGGCUCCCGUAUCCGGUGGACAGUGUCGACAGUUCUACGCUUGUCGCAAUGGAUCAUCAUACCUGCGCUGCUGAUCUGGUCGCUGGGACAGUUUGCAGUCGAUGCGGGCAGCACGAACUGGGUUGAGAGGACCCUGGGAGGUCUUCUCCAGUCCAAAAGUACUAGUUGGACUGAGUGGGUGUUCGGAAAGGAUGGCGUGGUCGAGACACUCAUGCUCGGCAGCUGGGAGAACACUUUACGAUAUUCAGGACCCGUGUUCCAGCUCCUUGAAGGGUUCUGCACGCUCUUGGUCAUUCAAUCACUUGGGCAGCUCACCAGGUGGCUCGUGAAUAGUGGACGCAGCGACUCGUGGCUUAUCAUCUUACUGGCCUUCUCGGGCUCCGUCAUUGCGAGCUCCGUCUACUUCCUCUGGCGGGUGGCGCAAUUUCCCGAAAUCAACAACUUCGAUGCCAUCCUCAUUGGAGUAGCCAUGACGACCGCCAUCUUCCUAUGCGUAUAUGGCAUCGGCAGUGGUCGAGGCAGCCCCGUCGAGUCGUCACUUCUAUUUGCUUACGUCGUGCUCUGCGUCUACCAGAUUUUUACAGAUUAUCUGCCCUCUGAUGGCGCACAGCAUGGGGAGGAUCAAGCGGCAACACAGCCUGAUAUUCCACCAUUGCCACCUAUCAUCAUGGCUUCUUACUCAACGCUGCUGCACAUUCUGGGCUCGCUACCGCAGGCCAUACACUCAUCACUGGCCCUGCUACUGGCGGCAUUCCAGACAAUCACACCGUCGGUGAUGAUUUCAUUAACAUAUCGUCUGCUUGUAUUCUACUGCGCUACUCGCAUCAUCCCGUCCGUCAAGGAUCUGGGAGCCAAGGUUUACAUGCACGACGCUGAUUGGGACGACUCGGAGACCGCCACCAAGGUUCUUAGCCUCCUCAGCUGGCUCUCGCCUUCCAUCAUGAUUGCUGUAUACACCAGUCUUCUGCUGCAGCACUUCUCGACCAGCGACAGCGAGGACGACUCGCUCAUACAUGCCAUCGAUGCGAAAUGCGAAGCUCCCGAGCAACCCCACUCGCAUUCCAGCAUCCAAUGCAUCACUUCACCUCACGUUAGCCUCAACAUCAUCCCUCCGCGCAUCCUCACGUGCCCCCCCCUGCGCCAACGCAAUAUCACAAAUAUGACGCUGCUCAAGGACAAGACUGCUGCUUACGCCACAAGGGGCCUCCCUCCGGCACCCAGUAUCUCCAUGAAGACUAUACCCAUGGCGGGCUUGUUGGUUGACGCAUAUGGUCUAGAAGAGCUGAAGCCUGAAGUCCCGGUGACUUGUCUGUGGUUACUCCAUCCUCGCACGCGGGAUCGCGCGCGGAUGAGCGAUAUUGCGUGUCGAGCUGUGCAGAGCUACAACGAAAGCUCGUCUGCUUCCGUACAGGGUCUCAUCGCACUGGCCUUUGACAUGCCCAACCACGGCACGAGACUCGUCUCCGAACUGGGCAACAAGGCAUGGAAAGACGGAAAUUCAAAGCAUGCAAUAGACAUGAUGGGUAUGGUAAGGGGCGGAAAAGGAGACAUGAGCGCACUCAUGGACGUCGUGGGUGGAUAUAUGACCCGUGACAUUGGGGGACAUGUGGUUCUCGGCUGGAGCUUGGGGGGCCAUGCUGCUUGGGAGGCUUGGAUUGGGGAGCCAAGGGUCAAAGCUGGCGUCGUCGUGGUUGGCUGCCCUGACUUUAUGGGGCUCAUGGGGGAUCGGGCGAAAAGGUCUGACUUGGAUUAUGGCGAGGACUUUUUUGGAAGAGCUGACGAUCGCUUGGUGCCGCACAGGAACAGCAAACGGAUGGUCCAGAUACUCAAAGAACUUGAGGUUGACGUCGACGACAGGGUGUAUGAGGGCGUCGGUCACGCCUUCAGUGCGGAUAUGAUGUUAUUUGAAGACACUGCCUACCACGGCCUCGAGGCUUCUGUAGCAAGCAUUUCAUCUUUGCCAUGA